ACCUGUAUUAAAAAAGCACCCUUUAUAUCCUGUCAUCACAGCAUCCCCCAGCUGUCCCUCGGGACUAUAUUGCCUUGUCUCGAUAGUUGUCCAGUUUCCAAACCGGUGUCUGUGCUUGCAUUGACGUCAAAGGAGCAGGCUGGAUGUAUAAAGCCCUCCGUCCUCUCCAGUCCUCGCUCACAGGGACUUAUCAGACUCGGCUCUGACCUGAGAUCGCACCGGCCGAUCACGAAGUUAAGCUGCAGCAUCUGGAGAGAAUAAAGACAUGAAGCCAGUCCCACUGCUCCUACUCCUCUUCUCGGUCCUCCUCGCGUCGCACCUCCGCCCCGCCGCCGGCAGACCGCGCAUCCUCCCUGGCUGGCUGGAUGGCAGCGGCCGCCUCCAGGCGCAGCAACUGGACGAAGUGCUCCGGCGCGGUGACGGCGGCGCCUCCUCCGACCUGCUGGACGACAGCAUCCUGCGGUUUCUCCGCGAGAGACACCCGGACCCUCUGCACCUGCUCCCCCGAGAAGAGGACGAGGCGGUGAGGACCGCGGUGCAGCUGUUGAAAAGGAGCGAAGACCCGCCGCUGUCCAUCGACCUCACCUUCCACCUGCUGAGGAAUAUGAUCCAGAUGGCCAAGACGGAGAGCCAGAGGGAGCGGGCUCUGCUCAACCGCAAAGUCCUCGACGAGGUCGGGAAGUAAAGCUCUAUUUCUUUUUUUUAUUUUAAAUGCCUAAUUAAAACAGCCAAACCGCUGUUUAAGUAUUCAAGACCUCUGACAUUCGUUGUUUUUUGUGCGCCUGCUUUCCUCUCCACAUCAUUUUACGCACAGAUGGUGCCAAUUUACGCAUCGCCGCAUCCGCGAGUACAACAUGUAAAUUGUUAAGUGUUAUGACUAAGGCUUUGUUGGAAAAUAUGGAAAUGAACUUCUCACCCCUCCACCGCCCCCUGGCUUCAUCCCCACCCCUCACACACAACACAACGACUUUUGGAAAGAGAACCUGUCGGGUAUCGUAUCUCAAUUCAACAUUUGGACACCAUUGGACAUAUGAUUCGGAAAUGAGCGGCGUUGGUCUUUGUCAUUGGUGUUUGUGAUCAAAUGUUUUGAUGCUUGAAAUGAAAAUGACAGAACUGCAGGGCUGACCUAAAUAUUUACAAAUUACAGUUUGACUUAAUUCAUUCUCAAGAUCUUUCUUGUCAGCAAAUUGGGUGACCUCGCUGUUAAUGGAGGCGAUGCUUUGGAUGAUUUGCCCCUGCUGCUAAAUACGUCUAUUGUAGAGUGUAUGAUUGGUGUUUGGUUUGUAACCACCAGAUAACUGAAUGGGUGAUGUGUAGAACCUUUUUUUUCAGAUAUUAGAAACAUCUUCAUACACUAUCCAGUAAUGAUUGUGGUUCAGAGAGACUUUUCUCCACAUUUUCCAACAACAUAUAGUGGUGAAUAAAAAAGAGGGUAAUCACUGAUCACCAGUUUAUGAUGAACAAUCACCAAAAUACAAGGUUUCUCUUUUUCUUAGUGGAACCUUCUUGAGGAUGAUCCAACAAAGAUGCUAAACUAUUUUUAUUUAUUUAUUUUCUUUACCUUCCGAUACAAUAUUAAAUGGAAAGGAUAAGAAAAGGAUAUCGAACCAUUCUCCGUCUCUUGUUGUUUUAAAUCUACUCUGAUUGAUCAAACUUAAUGUAAUGGCAUGAUUGGAAGGAAAGACAAAACACGCUUUAUGUUGAUUAGUUUUCCAUCUACAGCCUCCUCUUUUCUGUCCUUUUAGUUCGAGUGGGAGCACUAUCACUGGUACUGUAUCACCUGUAGCAUGCUAAUCUUCAACAACAACAAAAAAGAAGAAAAAAUGCCUUGUUUUCCUAAAAACAAUUAUGUCUGACACUGAUCAUAUUGUUUUCGCAAAAUAAGAAAAAGCUUUUUUUGCCAUUUAUAUUUUGUAAUAAAAAAGUUUAAAGUAAAAAUUGUUUGAUUCUGUUAUUGUUCUGAUUAUAAAUGUGUAUUAAUCAGUAAUAAAAAUACAACUUUAUGUGACUGCUGUAUGGUUCUUAUGGAUCGAUUUAUAAAAAGAUCUUUCCCAAAGACAACUGACACUGAAAAUUUAAAUAUCGGAAAUAUACAGAUUUUCGCCCAGCUUGUGAUCGGGUUAAUGGACUUUACCAAGCAUUUUUGUAGAUCCAUUAAUGUUGAGGAGCCCAUGACACGAUGGAAGUUAAUGUCCAAGUUGUUGAGACAGAUAAAAGUGAGAGAGACAAGAAACAAACACAGAAGUUGAAAUGGCCUCUGAGUUCUUUGUUUCUCUGACUCAGUCCAAACCGUGGGAGUGUUGGUGAUUCUUUGGCCUAAUCACCCUCUGUUUGUGUGUGUGUGUGUGUGAGAGUGUGUGUGUGUGUGUGUGUGUGUGUGUGUGUGUGUGUGACCAUGUGUUGGUUUAUCUCCCUCGUUACGCUUUGCAAAUGCCAUCACAUAUCAUUUUGUAGAUGCAAAGCAAUGACUAACGCUUGUGUCAUCAUAACUUUAACUUUGUU